AUGUCGGAAGAUAACGUCGGCACCCCUUUGGCCAACUCUGUCGGCCUGGUGACGCAUUCACCUCUUGCCUUCGCUCUUGUUCUCGUCGGACCGUACUGGGCUCAGAACAUCAUCCGUGGAGCUGACUCUUCCCGUCUUCCUCGCACACCGUACUGGAUACCAUGGGUUGGAAAUGCAGCAGAGAUGGGCAAGGAUCCAGAUGGAUUCUUUACAUCGCCGUCAGUGCGUAUCCUUUGCCUAGUCCAGGACUUCUACGUUCUGACUCUGCGCCAGCUCAUUAGUCAAGUGUAUCGCGACUCACAGAACUUCGACUUCCUUGCUGUUCGCAUCGAGAUAGGCCGGCAGGCAUUUUCCAUCGACGAUCGGGUCGGUACGACUCCGUACAUGUUCGACAGUUACAUGCCUGCUCUUCACCACACUCACCACAUCCUGCUCCCUGUCAGCAUCAAGACCAUGACUUCGACAUACCUCCAGAGCGCUCAUGACACGCUUGUUGGUGCCAUCUCUAGCUUGGAUGGGGCGUCUGGCCCCCUCAAGACCAUCAUCAUACUACCCGCAUACCGUGCCGCCGCUCAUGCUGGUGUCGGUCCCGAACUCUCUGCGGAGAAGGCGUGGAAGGGUUUCACAACGUUUGACGAGAGCGUUCACAUGAUCAACGCCAGCUUGCCCAGGUCCCUCUCCCGCAAACCACUCAAAGCAUGGGAGGGCGUGACAGACAUCAUACAGGCAUACCCUGAAGAGCACAAGGACGAUGUCCACGAGCCGAGCCCCGUUCCUUCAGGCUGCACUGAACGAGACAUCUUCGCCAUUCUUGCCACCCGGCUGUGGGCCCUGCACGCGAACGCCAUUUGGGCUGCGCACAAGCCCAUCGCCGAACUGCUCCAGCAGCCUGACGGUCUCGCUCCCCUCGUCGCCGAGCUGGACGCUGUCCGCAAGCAGUGGCAGGCAGCACACCCGUUUACACCUCUCAGCCCCGCGUUCUUCGACGACGUGAUCGUCUCUGCGCAUGGACGCAGUGCUCAGGGCACGCUGCCUCGCGCGGCCAAGCGAACUAGCUGA